CUUUAUACGUUUUGGUUCAACAAUGCCAUUGAUUCGUACUAUGCUACGCUCUAUGCGUCAAACUGCUCUGACCACUAAAGCAUUUCGGAUCCCUUCUACAUGUUGCUUGGAUUUAUUGAGAGGUUUUUCCAAUGUAUCUUUUCAACAGGUUUCACAUAUGGAACCCUCUUCUAUGACCCAGCUUCACGAUGGCAUUGAUGCUCCAUCUAAAACAAGUUCCAGAGUUACAAAAAUCCCUACUACAGAUAUUUCAAAAGCAGUUGAAAAAGUUGUUUACAAAUAUGUAGAUUGCUCAUCAGAUAACUGGAAACAAGUUCAGCUUGCUAGCCCUUCACUCAAAUUUCGGAUUGUAUUUGAUGCCAUGAUUUCCACUGGACGAUCUGUAUCAAGCGCAGAACUGUCCAACUUGUUUACUACGCAAGACUUGUUGAAUCUCUUGCUAGAGGAACAACGCUCAUCGUCUUACAAUCCCUUCUCUGGACGAAAUGAGAUUGAAGAGUUGCUACUGGACGAAGAAAGCAAGAGCAUACUUCCACCCAAUAUCACAUACACCAACGAGUCUUCAUUCAAAGCUCGUGUUCAGCCUGAACCUAUUUUUGACGAUACUCUUCCAACCAUUGUUCGUGCUUCUAUAGUUUAAACUAAAUAUUAAUAAAAAAGGCAGCUCAAAGU